ACAGAAGCCUUAAGCCAAUUUCUGAUUUAAAAGAUAGUCUAAUGUAAACAAGUAAUUGUAUAAAAACGGUGAUUUUUUAAUAUUAACACACAAAUAAUAAAUGCCUCGACUACCUUUACACUGUUCUUCUGGAACAGGUAUUAUUACGCCAUUCAGUAAAGUAAUAAGAUUUGCUCGUUAUGGUUGCACCAAUAGACCGUUUUAUCAUAUUGUUGUGAUUGAUGUAAAAACAAGAGAAACAAAACCACCAAUAGAACAAGUUGGUGUAUAUGAUCCUAUUCCAAAUAUGCAUAAUGAAAAAUUAGUGUCCUUCAAUUUUGAAAGAAUACAAUAUUGGAUUGCCAAAGGAGCACAAAUGUCCACACCUGUUGCAGAUUUAUUAGGACUCGCUGGAUUUUUACCUAUUCAUCCAAGAACAUAUAUGAGAGCAUGGAGAAAUCGCAAAACUGUAGAAAAGUGUUCUUAAAGAAAAUAACGCUGGAUGACAGUUGUCAAGGCGGAUCCCCUGUAUUUUUUAAGUAAAAAAUUAAUUUUGAAAAUAUAUGACAUUACAGCUAGUGGUCUAAUCAUAGAUUUUAUAAAUCUAAUUUCAGUUUAAUUAGUUACGGAUUCUUAUUUUAUAUUUAACUUCAAGGACAAUAUGCUUAUUAAUAUAAUUAUUAAUGUUUAAAACAAA